AUGCAUCAUCCUAGCACCCCUAACGUCACACCAAAAAAAAUUUUCUUCCCCGUAAUUCGGCUGCUCUACGGUUCCAUAUAUCUCCCUCUCUACAUCAAUAGAAACAACAUCCCACCUAGAACUGGUGUGCACCGCCCUAGGACUAGCCAACCAAUGGAGCUUCCCAUUCACAAAUUUGCCCAUAUCAUGAAUAGGCGUGCCACCCUUAAAAUUCUCAAUCCUCCUCCAAGAAUCAUUCUUCAAACAAUAAACCUUCACGGCUUCACCACUGAGCAGGAGGACAUGAAGGAACAGCAAUCGACCAUUCUAAACGCCUCUAUUCGAAGCUUUCUCCUUCGCCGGAAGUAG